GUAGAUCGAAGCAUGCGGAUAUUAAGGUUGCCCGCAAAGCCAUCGCCCAUAUUUCAUUAUCCACAAUUUUUGAAGUCAUUGAAUGUUUAAAUAAUGCAAGUUAUGCGAACAUUCUACCGGCGAUGGAAACAUCCAUAGAAAUGACUGAAGAUUGCUGUCAUUACUUUGUCCGUGAACUUUUCAAACUUAUCAUGACGCGCGUUACUCGUCUCACCCAUAUAGCCAUCAAUUCUUUUCCCGAGUGUUUUUUCACACCCAUGAUUCUCUUUUAUUCUUGCAUCUUAAAGUCACCUUUUAAUUUUAUCAGUACACUCUCCCACAUCACUACACUAGAUCUUGGUAUAUCCGAUUCUUUGUCUUAUAUUCUCUUUGAAAUUUCCACACAUUGUACCAAGAUAUCAUCUUUAUCCCUCCGGUCUCGUCAUUCUCUGGGUUCUUCGUAUGACUUAUCGCAAUUAAUCAAACGUCAACGAUCUCUCCGUCACCUUCAUUUGGAAGAAAUCACCGUGACUUCCAAGUUAAUUGACUCUUUACGGUUUCACACGACCACCCUCGAGAGUCUGACACUGAUGGAAGUGAUAAUAGACAAUAGCAGAGCUUUGUGGAAUUUGUCCUCGUGUUCACGUCUAAAAACCCUAAUAAUUCAUUUUUUGGGCUGUUAUCCAUGCACAUAUGAUGGUCUGAAACCUUUGUGGAGUUUUCACUUCCCAGAAAUAUGCAAAUUCAAAUUAAUCGGAAGACUACAUGAGCAUCGGAGAGAAUCGUUGGCGGACAACACGUGUUCAUUUCUAGAAAAAAAUGGAAAGUCACUGAACACACUGAGCUUGGAUAUAAAUCCGAGUGUCUAUUGUCAGGUUCUUCAAAAAGUGAGUGAAAAGUGUAUCCAACUAAAAAAGUUAACGGUACGUGGUUAUAAACAUGACAGUUCACUGGAAAAGAUGUUGAAAGACACGAGCAUGGAAUUAAAAUGGUUGAAAGUGGAACAGCAGUGUCAUGAUUAUUACAAGUUGAUAAACAAUCAACUGUUUGAUGCACAUGAAUUUCCUCCGCUCAAAGAAUUGAGGGGGGCGAAGUGGCUAAGACAUUUGGAUUUCCACAUGUGUUUAGACGCAGAUUCAGUGGAACGACUCCUUGAUGAUUGGGAGGCGCCAUUAGAGCGUAUCGGUUACUUGUAUAAAUAUAAGCAUGAGGAGGAUAGGCAUCAUGAGGUGUUGAGAAAAUUUGCGCAUAAGUUGGAUGAAGGACUACAAAGGCGUCAAGAGAGACGACAACUGCAUAAAAUUGAUUUGUUCGAUUCGUUGUGUGUGUGGAAUGAAAUAAUGGUCAGGAAAAUGGAAAUGUAUAUUGAAUAUGUUGAUGACUAG